GACCAGCCCAGCGGCCACCGCGUCGUCAUUCCUCCUCUCCUCACUUCCCCACCACCAACCCAAUCAGACAGUCGCGAGAAAGAGCCAGGCGAGAUCUCCGCCCCGAUCCGACGACCCUGACCCUCUCCCCGGCGGCGAUGGGCGGCAAGGACCUCACCGACGACCAGAUUGCCUCUAUGCGGGAGGCUUUCUCCCUCUUCGACACCGACGGCGACGGCCGCAUCGCGCCCUCCGAGCUCGGCGUCCUCAUGCGCUCGCUCGGCGGGAACCCCACGCAGGCUCAGCUCCGCGACAUCGCCGCGCAGGAGAAGCUCACCGCCCCCUUCGACUUCCCGCGCUUCCUCGAACUCAUGCGCGCCCACCUCCGCCCGGAGCCCUUCGACCGCCCGCUCCGCGACGCCUUCCGCGUCCUCGACAAGGACGCCUCCGGCACCGUCUCCGUCGCCGACCUCCGCCACGUCCUCACAUCCAUCGGCGAGAAGCUCGAGCCGCACGAGUUCGACGAGUGGAUCCGCGAGGUCGACGUCGCGCCCGACGGCACCAUACGCUACGACGACUUCAUCCGCCGCAUCGUUGCCAAAUGAGCCCCCCCACCGCACUUCGCUUGUAACGACUCUCCCGUUAUUUGAUUUCCUAUGAUCUGAUCUGAUGUUAUCCCAUUUCUUUUCUGCUAUGUGCUUUGAUUUCGGAACUGCUACCUAGGGUUUGGAUAAUGGUGUGAUUAUGAAUCUGUUAAUUGAUGGACCUGUCUGAUGCUACUUUGCUUGGUUUCUUCGUGUAAUACUGCAAUGUAAAGUGUGAAUCUGGUUUCUCCAAUGUUUGGGUAUUUUUAUUUGAUGGAAUCCUUAUUUGACUGAUCGCUGA